AUGUCUUUGGAUGUCCACCCCGCGUCCCCUUCCGACGCGUCCGAACUUACGCAAUUGUUCUACGCCACCUUCGUUGGCCCCGUGAACGAAACCAUGUUCCCACGAACACCGGACGUGACGGAAUGGUGGGAAUAUCAUUUCCAUAGAGACAUUACGCGGUCACUCGCCGGCGAGAUCCCCGAGAUAUUCUUCAAAGUGACAGAAGGGUCAAAAGACGGCAAGAUUGUCGCGUUCGCGAAAUGGAAGCGUCCCGUGUCUGCAGAUCGCGAUCAGCACGAGAAAAAAGAGCCAAUGGUGUGGCCCGUGAGUAGCGAUAAGAAGCUUUGCGAUCACUUUGUGUAUGGCAUGGAGGAACAGCAUCACGAAUUGAUGGGCGAGAGGCCUCAUUAUUAUCUGGAUAUGCUCGGUGUUCACCCUGCCUACAAUGGCAAAGGAUUGGGAACGAGGCUUCUGAAGUGGGGUAUUGAGCGUGCUGAUGCUCAGGGUGUGGAGACUUACCUGUCGGCAUCUCCAGCGGGCAAACCUUUGUAUGAGAAGUACGGAUUCCGCGGUGUUGAUAUCUUUUCGCCGUAUCCUGAUUACGUGCAAACGGCAAUGAUACGCGCGCCUACCAAACCCUGA